AUGUUGACAAUUAAAAACCCACAAACAAACAAUAACCAAACCACUUUCGAAGGGGUUGUAUCUGAAAGUGUUUCUGCUUUCAGCUUCUUGGGUACUUCUGAAGGGACGUACAGAAGAGACAAACAAUGCGUUGAGUCAAGAGAGGCCCAGUCAGUACAAAACAUUGGCAAUGAUGACAGUCAAGAUAUCCCAAGGCCUGAUAAAAACUCACAUUCAGAGUCAAGCGCUUUAUCUGCCAAAGAGAUAAAAUCUACAAUGUCAUUAUAUUUAGGUAGAGGAAAUCCACAGACUGGUGCAGACAUGUAUUAUAUUACAGAAAAAAUUGUGUUUCAUGUGAUAAACAAUACAUUCGAUGCACUUAUUAAUAAGAAGGAUGUUAUUCCUUCAUGGGGUAACUUAAAGUCCUUUCAGGAGAAUUAUCUUGUUCACAAGAACUGCGAUAAAUGA